UUCAUCAGCCCUGAGCAGUCUGGGCCACGUGUACACAGCCAUUGGAGACUACCCCAAUGCACUGGCCAGUCACAAACAGUGUGUUCUUCUUGCCAAGCAAUCCAAAGAUGAGCUUUCUGAGGCACGAGAACUCGGCAACAUGGGAGCUGUGUAUAUUGCCAUGGGUGACUUUGAGAAUGCUGUGCAGUGCCACGAGCAGCAUCUGAAGAUAGCCAAGGAUCUGGGGAACAAGCGAGAAGAGGCCCGGGCCUACAGCAACCUGGGCAGUGCCUAUCACUACAGGAGGAACUUUGACAAGGCCAUGUCUUACCACAACUACGUGCUGGAGCUGGCACAGGAACUAACAGAGAAGGCCAUUGAGAUGCGGGCCUAUGCUGGCCUGGGCCACGCUGCCAGGUGCAUGCAGGACCUGGAGCGGGCUAAACAGUACCACGAGCAGCAGCUGGGCAUUGCUGAGGAUCUCAAGGACCGGGCUGCGGAGGGACGAGCGUCCUCCAAUCUGGGAAUCAUACACCAGAUGAAAGGCGAUUAUGAUACUGCUCUGAAACUCCACAAGACCCACCUGUGCAUUGCCCAGGAGCUGAGUGACUAUGCUGCCCAGGGCCGUGCCUAUGGGAAUAUGGGCAACGCUUACAAUGCUCUGGGCAUGUACGACCAGGCCGUCAAGUACCACCGGCAGGAGCUGCAGAUCUCCAUGGAAGUGAAUGACCGUGCCUCACAGGCAUCCACACACGGGAACCUGGCCGUGGCCUACCAGGCCCUGGGUGCCCAUGACCGGGCCCUGCAACAUUAUCAGAACCACCUGAACAUUGCUCGGGAGCUUCGUGACAUCCAGAGUGAGGCCCGGGCCCUCAGCAACCUGGGCAACUUCCAUUGCUCUCGGGGGGAGUAUGUCCAGGCCGCCCCCUAUUAUGAACAGUACCUCCGGCUCGCUCCUGACCUUCAAGACAUGGAAGGAGAAGGGAAGGUCUGCCACAAUCUUGGCUAUGCCCAUUACUGCCUUGGAAAUUACCAGGAGGCGGUGAAGUACUAUGAGCAGGAUCUGGCACUGGCCAAAGACCUUCAUGACAAACUGAGCCAGGCGAAAGCUUACUGCAACUUGGGCCUAGCAUUCAAGGCUCUGCUGAACUUCAGCAAAGCUGAAGAGUGUCAGAAGUACCUACUGUCCCUAGCCCAGUCGCUGAAUAAUUCCCAGGCUAAAUUUCGAGCCCUGGGGAACCUGGGUGAUAUAUUCAUCUGUAAAAAAGAUAUAAAUGGUGCAAUAAAAUUCUAUGAGCAGCAGCUGGGCUUGGCUCACCAUGUCAAGGACAGAAGACUGGAAGCCAGUGCAUAUGCAGCCCUGGGCACAGCAUACCGGAUGAUCCAGAAAUAUGACAAGGCCUUGGGUUAUCACACGCAGGAGUUGGAGGUCUAUCAGGAGCUGAGCGACUUGCCGGGGGAGUGCAGAGCUCACGGGCAUCUGGCUGCGGUCUACAUGGCCCUUGGGAAAUAUACAAUGGCAUUCAAGUGUUAUGAAGAGCAGCUGGAUCUGGGGCAGAAGCUGAAGGACCCCAGUCUGGAAGCCCAGGUCUACGGCAACAUGGGGAUCACAAAGAUGAACAUGAAUGUCAUGGAAGAAGCCAUUGGCUACUUCGAGCAGCAGUUGGCCAUGCUGCAGCAGCUAAGUGGAAACGAGUCUGUGCUCGACAGGGGCCGGGCCUACGGCAAUCUGGGGGAUUGCUACGAGGCCCUGGGUGACUACGAGGAAGCUAUCAAGUACUACGAACAGUAUUUAUCUGUUGCCCAGAGCCUGAAUCGCAUGCAAGACCAAGCCAAGGCUUACCGGGGCCUAGGAAAUGGACACAGGGCAAUGGGGAGCUUGCAGCAAGCCCUUGUGUGCUUUGAAAAGAGGCUCGUGGUCGCCCAUGAGCUUGGGGAGGCCUUUAAUAAAGCCCAGGCGUAUGGAGAGCUAGGAAGUCUGCACAGCCAAUUAGGGAAUUACGAACAAGCCAUUUCCUGCCUUGAACGCCAGCUGAACAUUGCUAGAGAGAUGAAAGACCGAGCUCUGGAAAGUGAUGCAGCCUGUGGCCUUGGUGGCGUUUACCAGCAGAUGGGGGAAUAUGAUACAGCCCUGCAGUACCACCAGCUCGAUCUGCAGAUAGCAGAGGAAACCAACAACCCCACCUGCCAAGGCCGCGCCUAUGGGAACCUGGGCCUGACGUAUGAAUCCCUGGGCACCUUUGAGAGGGCUGUGGUCUAUCAGGAACAGCACUUGAGCAUCGCUGCACAGAUGAAUGACUUGGUGGCCAAGACAGUGUCAUAUAGUAGCCUUGGAAGGACCCAUCAUGCCUUGCAGAACUAUUCCCAGGCAGUCAUGUACUUACAGGAAGGCUUAAGGUUAGCUGAGCAACUGGGCCGAAGAGAAGAUGAAGCCAAAAUUCGACAUGGUCUUGGCCUCUCCCUUUGGGCUAGUGGAAACCUGGAGGAGGCCCAACACCAGCUCUACAGGGCAUCAGCCUUGUUUGAAACAAUCCGACAUGAGGCGCAGCUGAGCACAGACUACAAACUCUCCCUCUUUGACCUGCAGACUUCGUCCUACCAGGCCUUGCAGCGGGUGCUCGUCAGCCUGGGCCAUCACGAUGAAGCCCUAGCGGUGGCGGAAAGAGGACGGACGCGGGCAUUUGCCGAUCUUCUGGUAGAACGACAAACAGGACAACAGGACUCCGACCCCUACUCCCCAGUCACUAUUGAUCAGAUCUUAGAGAUGGUUAAUGGCCAGAGGGGACUAGUGCUUUACUAUUCCCUGGCCGCAGGCUACCUGUAUAGCUGGCUGCUUGCUCCUGGGGCAGGAAUUCUGAAGUUUCACGAACACUACCUGGGUGAUAAUGCGGCAGAAAACUCCAGUGACUUCCAGGCCGGCGGCAGCGCGGCUCUUCCAACAGCCACCAGCUCAGCCCUCGAGCAGCACAUCGCCAGUGUGCGAGAGGCCCUGGGGGUGGAGUCUUACUACUCAAGGGCCUGUGCCAGCAGUGAGACGGAGAGUGAAGCUGGAGACAUCAUGGACCAGCAGUUCGAAGAGAUGAACAACAAGCUCAACUCCGUUACCGACCCGACUGGCUUUCUGCGGAUGGUUCGCCGCAACAACCUCUUCAACAGGAGCUGCCAGAGCAUGACGAGCUUGGGCAGCAACACCAUGUCGCCCAUCAAGGACGGGACCUCCUCUCUGGCCAGGAGGCAGAGCUCGUUCGCCAGGCCCCCGCUCCGUGCUCUGUACGACCUGCUCAUAGCGCCCAUGGAAGGGGGCCUGAUGCACUCCAGUGGCCCCGUGGGCCGGCACCGGCAGCUGGUCCUGGUUCUGGAGGGGGAGCUCUACCUCAUCCCUUUCGCCCUCCUGAAGGGAAGCUCCUCCAACGAGUACCUGUACGAGCGCUUCGCCCUCAUCGCUGUCCCCUCCAUCCGCUCCCUCAGCCCACAGUCCAAGUCUCACCUGAGGAAGAACCCGCCCACAUACUCCAGCUCCACGUCCAUGGCGGCUGUUGUGGGCAACCCCAAGCUCCCGUCGGCGGUGAUGGACAGGUGGCUGUGGGGGCCCAUGCCGUCGGCCGAGGAGGAAGCGUACAUGGUGUCAGAGCUGCUGGGCUGCCAGCCCCUGGUGGGCAGCGUGGCCACCAAAGAACGGGUCAUGAGUGCCCUGACCCAGGCCGAGUGCGUCCACUUUGCCACCCACAUCUCUUGGAAACUGUCGGCCUUGGUCCUCACUCCCAGCGCCGACGGCAACCCUGCCGGCAGCAAGAGCUCCUUUGGCCACCCCUACACGAUCCCCGAGUCCCUGCGGGUGCAGGACGACGCCAGCGACGGGGAGAGCAUCUCGGACUGCCCGCCCCUGCAGGAGCUGCUGCUCACGGCCGCCGACGUCCUGGACCUGCGGCUUCCCGUGAAGCUGGUGGUCCUCGGCUCCUCGCAGGAGUCCAACAGCAAGGUCACGGCUGACGGCGUCAUCGCACUGACCCGGGCCUUCCUGGCUGCCGGCGCACAGUGUGUUCUCGUAUCUCUGUGGCCUGUGCCCGUGGCCGCUUCCAAGAUGUUUCUCCACGCCUUCUACUCAUCCCUGCUCAAUGGCCUGAAAGCCAGCGCCGCCCUAGGGGAGGCCAUGAAGGUGGUGCAGAGCAGCAAGGCCUUCUCACACCCCUCCAACUGGGCAGGGCUCAUGCUCAUCGGCAGUGACGUGAAGCUGAACAGUCCCUCGUCGCUCAUCGGCCAGGCCCUCACGGAGAUCCUGCAGCACCCGGAGCGUGCCCGCGACGCCCUGCGAGUGCUGCUGCACCUGGUGGAGAAGUCCCUGCAGCGCAUCCAGAACGGGCAGCGCAACGCCAUGUACACGUCCCAGCAGAGCGUGGAGAACAAAGUGGGCGGCAUCCCCGGCUGGCAGGCCCUGCUCACUGCUGUGGGCUUCCGGCUGGACCCCCCAGCCAGCGGCCUGCCGGCAGCCGUCUUCUUCCCGACCUCCGACCCCGGCGACCGGCUCCAGCAGUGCAGUAGCACCAUCCAGUCCCUGCUGGGUCUGCCCAACCCUGCCCUCCAAGCCCUCUGCAAGCUCAUCACUGCCUCGGAGACGGGAGAGCAGCUCAUCAGCCGGCUCCACCAGGUGCUGGUCCAGCUGCAGGCCGGCGAGAAGGAGCAGGACUUCGCCUCGGCCCCCAUCCAGGUCUCCAUCAGCGUGCAGCUGUGGCGCCUCCCGGGCUGCCAUGAAUUCCUGGCGGCUCUAGGGUUCGAUCUCUGUGAAGUGGGUCAGGAGGAAGUCAUCCUGAAAACCGGCAAACAGGCCAAUCGGCGAACCAUGCACUUUGCCCUGCAGUCUCUGCUCGCGCUCUUCGAUUCUACUGAGCUCCCCAAGCGCCUCAGCCUCGACAGCUCGUCCUCCCUGGAGUCUCUGGCCUCAGCCCAGUCUGUCUCCAACGCCCUGCCCUUGAGCUACCAGCACCCCCCCUUCUCCCCCACCGGCGCCGACAGCAUCGCCUCGGACGCCAUCUCCGUGUACAGCCUGAGCUCCAUCGCCUCCUCCAUGAGCUUUGUCUCCAAGCCCGAGGCUGGGUCGGAAGCCGGGGGUCCCCGCGGCCGGCAGGACUACGAGCGGUCCAAGAACGCCUACCCACAGCGAUGCACCCUGCCGCGGGGCCAGCUGUCCCCCCACGCCCGCCCUGCCGGCGGCAAAGACGAGGACGAAUACGAGGGCUUUUCCAUCAUCAGCACGGAGCCUUUGGCGGCCUACCAGGAAAACAGGCCGGCGCGCCUCUCGCCAGAUCACAAACAGCCCCGCGCGGGGCCGGCUGCGGGUAUUAAAGUGUCGGUAAGCUCCAAGGGGAGCGUCAGCACACCAAAUUCUCCAGUUAAAGUGACUCUCAUUCCCAGCCCAAACUCGCCCUUCCAGAAGGUGGGAAAGCUGGCCAGUUCGGACACAGGGGAGUCAGACCAGUCUAGCACAGAAACGGACAGUACCGUGAAGUCCCAAGAAGAAAGCAACCCAAAGCUCGAUCCGCAGGAGUUGGCGCAGAAGAUUCUGGAGGAGACGCAGAGUCAUCUCAUGGCGGUGGAGCGCCUGCAGAGGGGCGGCGGCCAGGCCGGCAAGAGCAGUAGCCCGGAGGAGGGCGUCCCUGCGCCCCACAGCGCGGCCGUCUUCCGAGCGUCCGAAACCAGCGCGUUCAGCAGGCCGGCCCUCUCCCACCCCAGGAGCCAGCCGUCGCCGGUUCCCGCGAAACCAAAGCCCCCAGCCAGGAGCUCGUCCCUCCCCAAGGUGAGUUCAGGCUACAGCAGCCCCACGGCCUCCGAGGCGUCCGUCAAGGACAGCCCGAGCCAGCACAGCGGCCGCCCGUCGCCCGCCUCCGACUCCCAGACUUCUCUCCCCGACCAGCCUCUCUUCAAACUGAAGUACCCCAGCUCCCCGUACAGCGCCCACAUCGCCAAGUCCCCCAGGAACGCGUCCCCAAGCUCGGGCCAUCAGUCGCCGGCCGGGAGCGCGCCGUCCCCAGCCCUCUCCUACUCCUCGGCCGGCUCUGCGCGCUCCAGCCCCGCCGACGCCCCCGACGUGGACAGACUGAAGAUGGCGGCCAUCGACGAGAAGGUGCAGGCCGUCCACAACCUCAAGAUGUUCUGGCAGAGCGCGCCCCAGCCUCCCACGGGACCCAUGAAAAUAUUCCGGGGCGCCCCCGGCACAAUGACUUCCAAGAGGGACGUGCUCAGUCUGCUCAAUCUGUCCCCGCGGCACACCAAGAAGGAGGAAGGCGUGGACAAGCUGGAACUGAAGGAGCUGUCCCUGCAGCCGCCCGGAGAAGCGCCCCAGAAAGCCCCGCCCAACGGCCACUGGCGCACGGAGACCACGGCGCUGGGCGCGCUGCCCCUGCCCGCCGGACCCCCCGCGCCCGCCCGCCCGCUGAGACUGCCUUCUGGAAACGGCUACAAGUUUCUGUCCUCUGGAAGAUUUUUUCCUUCCUCCAAAUGCUAA